GCCUGCGCUCCGGGCGCCCGCUCCGUCGCCAGCGCAAUGUGGGCGCGCCUGGCCUUUUGUUGCUGGGGUCUGGCGCUCGUUUCGGGCUGGGCGACCUUUCAGCAGCUCUCCCCGUCGCGCAACUUCAGCUUCCGCCUCUUCCCUGAGGCCGCGCCCGGGGCCCCGGGGCGGCUGCCCUCGCCACCCGCGCCCGGCGAGGACGCGGCGGCGGCGGCGGCGGAGGAGGAGAGCAAAGUGGAGCGGCUGGGCCAGACGUUCCGGCAACGCGUGCGGCGGCUGCGGGAGCUCAGCGAGCGCCUGGAGCUGGUCUUCCUGGUGGACGAGUCGUCCAGCGUGGGCCAAGCCAACUUCCUCAGCGAGCUCAAGUUCGUCCGCAAGCUGCUGUCUGACUUCCCGGUGGUGCCCACGGCCACGCGUGUGGCCAUCGUGACCUUCUCGUCCAAAAACAACGUGGUGCCGCGCGUCGACUACAUCUCCUCCCGCCGCGCGCACCAGCACAAGUGCGCGCUGCUCAGCCGCGAGAUCCCGGCCAUCUCCUACCGCGGCGGCGGCACCUACACCAAGGGCGCCUUCCAGCAAGCCGCGCAAAUUCUUCGUCAUUCUAGAGAAAACUCAACGAAAGUUAUCUUCCUCAUCACCGAUGGAUACUCCAAUGGGGGAGAUCCUAGACCCAUUGCAGCAUCACUGCGAGAUUUUGGAGUGGAAAUCUUCACUUUCGGCAUAUGGCAGGGAAACAUUCGAGAGCUGAAUGACAUGGCUUCCACCCCAAAGGAGGAACACUGCUACCUGGUCCACAGUUUUGAAGAAUUUGAGGCUCUAGCUCGCCGGGCAUUGCACGAAGAUCUGCCUUCUGGGAGUUUUAUUCAAGAGGAUAUGUCCCACUGCUCGUAUCUUUGUGAAGCUGGCAGAGACUGCUGUGACCAGAUGGCAAGCUGCAAAUGUGGGACACACACGGGGCAGUUUGAGUGCAUCUGUGAAAAGGGGUAUUACGGCAAAGGUCUACAGUACGAAUGCACAGCCUGCCCAGCUGGGACAUACAAACCAGAAGGUUCACCAGGAGGAAUCAGCACUUGCCUUCCAUGUCCUGAUGAAAAUCACACCUCUCCGCCUGGAAGUACAAGCCCUGAAGACUGUGUCUGCAAGGAAGGGUACCGGGCAUCCGGCCAGACCUGCGAAGUUGUCCACUGCCCUGCCCUGAAGCCUCCUGAAAAUGGUUACUUUAUCCAGAACACUUGCAACAACCACUUCAAUGCAGCCUGUGGGGUCCGAUGUCACCCUGGGUUUGACCUCGUGGGAAGCAGCAUCUUCUUGUGCCUACCCAAUGGUUUGUGGUCUGGUUCUGAGAGCUCCUGCAGAGUGAGAACAUGCCCCCGUCUCCACCAGCCCAAACACGGCCGCCUCAGCUGUUCUGCCAGGGAGAUGGCCUACAGGACGGUGUGUUUGGCCACCUGUGAUGAAGGGUACAGACUCGAAGGACGUGCUAAGCUUACCUGUCAAGUAAACGCCCAGUGGGAUGGUCUAGAACCCCGGUGUGUGGAGCGCCACUGCUCCACGUUUCAGAAGCCCAAGGGUGUCACUGUGUCACCCCCCAACUGUGGCAAGCAUCCAGCUAAACCUGGGACGACUUGCCAGCUCAGCUGCCGCCAAGGAUUCAUUUUAUCAGGAGUCAGAGAAGAAGUGAGAUGUACCACCUCUGGAAAAUGGAGUGCCAGAGUUCAGACAGCAGCUUGUAAAGAUGUGGAAGCUCCUCAAAUCAACUGUCCUGCGGACAUAGAGGCCGAGACUCAGGAACAGCAAGACUCUGCUAAUAUCACUUGGCAGAUUCCAACAGCUAAAGACAACUCUGGGGACAAGGUGGCAAUCCACGUUCAUCCAGCUUUUACCCCACCUUAUCUUUUCCCAAUUGGAGAUGUUGUGAUCACGUACACGGCAACUGACCUAUCCAACAACCAAGCCAGCUGCACUUUCCACAUCAGGGUUAUUGAUGUAGAACCACCCAGCAUAGACUGGUGCCGGUCCCCGCCUCCAAUCCAGGUCUCAGAGAAGGAGCACGCUGCCACCUGGGAUGAGCCUCAGUUCUCAGACAACUCAGGAGCUGUGUUGGCCAUCACCAGAAGUCAUGCACCCGGGGACCUCUUCCCUCAUGGGGAGACGGUAGUGCGGUAUACAGCCACCGACCCCUCAGGCAAUGACAGAACGUGUGACAUCCACAUUGUCAUAAAAGGUUCCCCGUGUGAAGUUCCGUUUACACCUGUAAAUGGGGAUUUUAUAUGUACUCAAGAUAGUGCUGGAGUUAACUGUACAUUACGUUGCUCAGAGGGCUAUGAUUUCACAGAAGGCUCUACUGACAAGUAUUCUUGUGCUUAUGAAGAUGGUAUCUGGAGGCCGCCGUAUUCCACUGAAUGGCCAGACUGUGCUAUAAAACGUUUUGCAAAUCACGGAUUCAAGUCCUUUGAGAUGCUGUACAAAGCAACUCGUUGUGAUGACACAGAUCUGUUGAAGAAGUUUUCUGAAGCAUUUCAGACUACCCUGGGGAAAAUGGUCCCGUCGUUUUGUAAUGAUGCUGAUGACAUUGACUGCAGACUGGAGGACCUGACCAAAAAAUACUGCCUCGAAUAUAAUUAUGACUAUGAAAAUGGCUUUGCAAUUGGACCUGGUGGUUGGGGCCCAGCUAACAGGCUGGAUUACUCCUACGAUGACUUCUUGGACGCCGUGCGAGAGACACCAAUGGGCGCUGGCAAAGCCAGAUCUUCACGGAUUAAAAGAAAUACUCCAUUAACUGAUCACAAAAUCAAGUUAAUUUUUAACAUCACAGCUAGUGUGCCACUACCUGAUGAAAGAAACGAUACCCUUGAAUUGGAAAAUCAACAGCGACUCAUUAAGACGUUGGAAACUAUCACAAAUCGACUGAAAAGGACCCUCACUAAGGAGCCCAUGUAUUCCUUUCAACUUGCCUCUGAAAUGCUUGUCGCCGACAGCAAUUCCUUAGAAACAGAAAAGGCUUUCCUCUUCUGCAGACCAGGCUCUGUGCUGAGAGGGCGUAUGUGUGUCAACUGCCCUUUGGGAACAUACUAUUCUCUGGAGCAUUCUGUCUGUGAAAGCUGUUUGAUGGGAUCCUAUCAAGAUGAAGAAGGGCAACUUGAGUGCAAACUCUGUCCAGCGGGGACUUACACCGAGUACCUCCAUUCAAGGAGCAGCUCAGAAUGCAAAGCUCAGUGUAAGCAAGGCACCUACUCAUCAAAUGGGCUUGAGACUUGCGAAUCGUGUCCACUGGGCAGCUACCAGCCAGCGUUUGGUUCCCGGGGGUGCCUCUUAUGUCCAGAAAACACUUCAACUGUGAAAAGAGGAGCCGUGGACGUGUCUGCUUGUGGAGUGCCUUGUCCAGUAGGAGAAUUCUCUCGUUCUGGGUUAAUGCCCUGUUAUCCAUGUCCUCAAGACUACUACCAACCCGAUCCAGGGAAGUCCUUCUGCUUAUCUUGUCCUUUCUAUGGAACCACAACCAUCACUGGUGCCAGAUCCAUCACAGAUUGUUCCAGUUUUAGUUCAACUUUCUCAGCAGCAGAGGAAAGUAUUGUGCACCCUGCUUCUCCUGGGCAUAUCAAGAAGAAGUAUGAAGUCAGCAGUCAGGUUUUCCAUGAGUGUUUCUUAAACCCCUGCCACAGGGGUGGAACCUGCCAACAACUUGGGCGUGGUUAUGUUUGUCUCUGUCCACCUGGAUAUACAGGCUUAAAAUGUGAAAUAGACAUUGAUGAGUGCAACUCACUGCCAUGCCACAACAAUGGAGUUUGUAAAGACCGAGUUGGGGAAUUCGUUUGUGAAUGCCCGCCUGGUUACACAGGUCAACUAUGUGAAGAAAAUAUAAAUGAAUGUAGCUCCAGUCCUUGUUUAAAUAAAGGAACUUGUGUUGAUGGCGUGGCUGGUUAUCGCUGCACCUGUGUGAAAGGAUACAUGGGUCUGCACUGUGAAACAGAAGUCAACGAAUGCCAGUCCAGCCCAUGCUUAAAUAAUGCAGUUUGUGAAGAUCAGCUUGGGGCAUUCCUGUGCAAAUGCCCACCUGGAUUUUUGGGCACCCGCUGUGAAAUAAACUUGGAUGAAUGUCUCAGCCAACCGUGCAAAAAUGGAGCUACCUGUAAAGAUGGCGCCAACAGCUUCCGGUGCCACUGUGCCCUGGGCUUCACGGGACCCCAUUGUCAACUGAACAUCAACGAAUGUCAGUCUAACCCCUGUAGAAAUCAGGCCACUUGUGUGGAUGAAUUAAACGCAUACAGUUGUAAAUGUCAGCCAGGAUUUUCAGGCAGCAGGUGUGAAACAGAACAGUCUGCGGGUUUUAACCUGGAUUUUGAAGUUUCUGGCAUCUAUGGGUAUGUCCUGCUGGACGGCGUGCUCCCUUCUCUCCACGCUGUAACCUGCACGUUCUGGAUGAAAUCCUCUGAUGCCACCAACUAUGGGACACCCAUCUCCUAUGCACUUGAGAACGGCAGCGACAAUACCUUCCUUCUAACCGAUUAUAAUGGCUGGGUUCUUUAUGUGAAUGGCAAGGAAAAAAUAACAGACUGUCCCUCCGUGAAUGACGGCAGUUGGCAUCACAUUGCCAUCACUUGGACAAGUGCUGAUGGAGCCUGGAAAGUCUAUAUCGAUGGGAAAUUAUCUGACGGUGGCGUGGGCCUCUCUGUUGGUUCGGCCAUCCCUGGUGGUGGUGCAUUAGUUCUUGGGCAAGAGCAAGACCAAAAAGGAGAGGGAUUCAACCCAGCUGAGUCUUUUGUGGGCUCCAUAAGCCAGCUCAACCUCUGGGACUAUGUCCUGUCUCCACAGCAGGUGAAAUCACUGGCUACGUCAUGCCCAGAGGAACUCAGUAAAGGAAAUGUGCUAGCCUGGCCGGAUUUCCUGUCAGGAACUGUGGGGAAAGUGAAGGUCGAUUCCAAGAGCAUAUUCUGUUCUGAUUGUCCACCUUUAGAAGGAUCAGUACCUCAUCUGAGAACUGCAUCAAAAGACUUAAAGCCAGGCUCCAAAAUUAGUCUGUUCUGUGAUCCAGGCUUCCAGAUGGUCGGAAACCCUGUGCAGUACUGCCUGAACCAGGGACAGUGGACACAACCACUGCCUCGCUGUGAACGCAUUAGCUGCGGGGUGCCACCCUCUCUGGAGAACGGCUUGUAUUCAGCCGAGGACUUCCAUGCUGGCAGCACGGUGACCUACCAGUGCAACAAUGGCUACUAUUUGUUGGGUGAUUCAAGGAUGUUUUGUACGGAUAAUGGGAGCUGGAAUGGCAUUUCUCCAUCGUGCCUUGAUGUCGAUGAGUGUGCGGUUGGGUCAGAUUGCAGUGAGCAUGCUUCCUGCCUGAAUACAAAUGGAUCCUACAUCUGCUCCUGUGUCCCACCCUACACGGGAGAUGGGAAAAGCUGUGCAGAACCUAUAAAAUGUAAGGCUCCAGGAAAUCCAGAAAACGGCUACUCUUCUGGGGAGAUUUAUACAGUGGGUGCCCAAGUCACAUUCUCAUGUGAAGAAGGACACCAGCUGGUGGGAGUAACCACAGUCACCUGUUUGGAGUCUGGAGAAUGGAGUCAUCAGAUUCCACAUUGUGAAGCCGUUUCUUGUGGUGUACCAGCUGUCCCUGAAAAUGGCGGCGUUGAUGGAUCAGCAUUUACCUACGGCAGUAAAGUCAUCUAUAGGUGCAAUAAAGGAUAUGCCCUGGAGGGCGAUGAAGAGUCAUCUUGUCUCGCCAGCGGUUCCUGGAGUCACUCUCCUCCUGUGUGUGAGCUGGUCAAGUGUUCCCGCCCCGAAGACAUAAAUAAUGGGAAAUACACUUUGAGCGGGCUUACCUACCUUUCUACUGCAUCCUAUUCUUGUGAGAGUGGAUACAGCUUGCAAGGCCCUUCUGUCAUUGAAUGCUCAGCCUCAGGCAGCUGGGACAGAGCGCCACCUACCUGCCGUCUGGUCCUCUGUGGGGAGCCGCCGGCCAUCAAAGACGCCAUCAUUACCGGGAGUAACUUCACCUUUGGGAACACUGUCACUUACACUUGCAAAGAAGGCUACACCCUUGCUGGUCCGGACACCAUUGAGUGCCUGGCCGACGGCAGGUGGAGCGGAAGUAACCAGCAGUGUCUGGCUGUCUCCUGUGACGAGCCCCCCAGCGUGGAGCAUGCCUCCCCGGAGACUGCCCAUCGGUUAUUUGGAGAUAUUGCAUUCUACUAUUGCUCAGAUGGUUACAGCCUGGCAGACAACUCCCAGCUCCUCUGCAAUGCCCAGGGCAAGUGGGUGCCCCCAGAAGGUCAGGCCAUGCCCCGUUGUAUCGCUCAUUUCUGUGAAAAACCCCCCGCCGUUUCCUAUAGCAUCUUGGAAUCCUUGAGCAAAGCGAAAUUUGCUGCCGGCUCAGUUGUGAGCUUCAAAUGCAUGGAAGGUUUCGUACUGAACACCUCAGCCAAGAUUGAAUGUCUGAGGGGUGGGCAGUGGAACCCUUCCCCCAUGUCUAUCCAGUGCAUCCCCGUGCGCUGUGGCGAGCCACCGAGCAUCACGAACGGCUACGCGAUUGGAUCAAACUACAGCUUUGGAGCCAUGGUGGCUUACAGCUGCCACAGGGGCUUCUACAUCAAAGGGGAAAAGAAAAGCGCCUGCGAAGCCACAGGACAGUGGAGUAGCCCCAUGCCCACCUGCCACCCUGUGUCUUGCAAUGACCCACCUAAGAUUGACAAUGGUUUUCUGGAGCACACAACUGGCAGGACCUUUGAGAGCCAAGUGAGAUACCGGUGUAACCCAGGCUAUAAGUCAGUUGGAAGUCCUAUAUUUGUCUGCCAAGCCAAUCGCCACUGGCACAGUGAAUCCCCUCUGUCGUGCGUCCCUCUCAACUGUGGAAAACCUCCCCCAAUCCAGAAUGGCUACAUGAAAGGAGAAAACUUUGAAGUAGGGUCCAAGGUUCAGUUUUUCUGUAAUGAGGGUUACGAGCUUAUUGGCGACAACUCUUGGACAUGCCUGAAAUCUGGCAAAUGGAAUAAGAAGCCAAACCAAAAGUGUGUGCCCACCAAGUGCCCAGAGCCACCCCUCUUGGAGAACCAACUUGUAUUGAAGGAGUUGACCACCGAGGUAGGGGUGGUGACAUUUUCCUGUAAAGAAGGGCAUGCCCUCCAGGGCCCCUCUGUCCUGAAGUGCUUGCCAUCCCAGCAGUGGAAUGAUUCUUUUCCUGUUUGUAAGAUGGUUCUUUGCCUCCCACCUCCCCUAAUUUCCUUCGGUGUCCCUGCUCCUUCUUCUGCUCUUCAUUUUGGAAGUACCGUCAAGUAUGCUUGUGUGGAUGGAUUUUUCUUGAGAGGAGAUCCUACCACGUUCUGCCAAGCGGAUGGUACUUGGAGCUCUCCACUGCCAGAAUGUGUCCCAGUGGAAUGCCCCCAACCCGAGGAAAUCCUCAAUGGCAUCAUUGAUGUGCAAGGUCUUGCCUAUCUCAGCACAGCUCUCUAUACCUGCAAGCCAGGCUUUGAGUUAGUGGGAAAUACCACCACUCUUUGUGGAGAAAAUGGCCACUGGCUUGGAAGAAAACCAACCUGUAAACCCAUUGAGUGCCCAAAGCCCAGGGAGAUUCUGAAUGGCAAAUUCUCUUACACAAACCUGUACUACGGGCAAACCGUUACCUACUCUUGUGAUCGAGGCUUCAGGCUUGCGGGUCCCAAAGCCUUGACUUGCUUAGAGACUGGUGACUGGGAUGUGGAUGUCCCAUCUUGCAAUGCCAUCCACUGUGAUCCCCCACAACCCAUUGAAAACGGUUUCGUAGAAGGCGCAGAUUACAGCUUUGGCGCCAUGAUCAUCUACAGCUGCUUCCCUGGGUUCCAGGUGGCUGGUCAUGCCAUGCAGACCUGUGAGGAGUCGGGGUGGUCGAGCUCCAUCCCAACCUGUGUACCCAUAGACUGCGGUCUCCCUCCUCACAUUGAUUUUGGAGACUGUACUAAGGUCAGAGAUGGCCAGGGAUAUUUCAGCCCAGAGGAAGACAUGAUGGAAGUUCCAUAUCUGACUCCUCACCCUCCUCCUCAUCUGGGAGCAGUGGCAAAAACAAAGGGACCUCCUGCUGCACAUUCAGCCAAAUUUCUAUACAACACCAUGGUUUCAUACACCUGUAACCCAGGAUAUGAACUUUUGGGGAACCCUACCCUGAUCUGCCAGGAAGAUGGCACUUGGAACGGCAGUGCGCCAUCCUGCAUUUCAAUUGAAUGUGACCUGCCUGUUGCUCCUGAAAACGGCCUUUUGCAUUUUACAGAGACUACCAUGGGCAGUGCUGUGCAAUACAGCUGCAAACCUGGACACACUCUGGUGGGCGCUGACAUAAGACUUUGUCUACAGAACAGAGAGUGGAGUGACACGUCCCCACACUGUGAGGCUGUGUCAUGCCCCAAACCAGACCCCAUUAUGAAUGGCUCCAUCAAAGGAAGCAACUACACAUACCUGAGCGUGUUGUCCUAUGAGUGUAAUCCUGGGUAUGUGCUGAACGGCACUGAGAGGAGAACUUGCCAAGAAAAUAGAAGUUGGGAUGGGAAGGAGCCACUCUGUGUUCCUGUGGACUGUGGUUCACCUCCGGUUUCAGCCAAUGGCCAGGUUAAAGGAGAUGAGUAUACGUUCCAAAAAGAGGUUAAGUACACUUGCAACGUAGGGUUCUUACUGGAGGGAGCCAGCAGUCGUGUUUGUCUUGCUGAUGGACAUUGGAGUGGAGCCACUCCCACCUGUGUGCCUGUGAGAUGUGCCCCCCUGCCGCAGGUGGCAAAUGGGGUGAUGGAUGCCCUGGACUAUGGCUUUGGGAAGGAGGUGGUGUUCCACUGUCAGGAGGGCUAUGUGUUGCAUGGUGCCCCCAAACUCACCUGUCAGGCUGAUGGUAACUGGAAUACCCAGGUACCUCUCUGUAAACCAAUCAACUGUGGCCCUUCUGAAGAUCUCGCCCAUGGCUUCCCUAAUGGUUUUUCCUUUUAUCAUGGGGGGCAUAUACAGUAUCAGUGCUUUCCCGGUUAUAAGCUCCAUGGAAGUCCUUCAAGAAGGUGUCUCUCCAAUGGUUCCUGGAGUGGCAGUCCACCUUCCUGCCUGCCUUGUAAGUGUUCCACACCAGAAGUUCAAAAUGGAGCUGUCAAUGGGACAGAGUUUGGUUGUGGAAAGGCAGCCCGGGUUCAGUGCUUCAAAGGCUUCAAGCUCCUGGGACUUCCUGAAAUCACCUGCGAAGCCAAUGGCCAAUGGAGCUCUGGCUUCCCACGCUGCGAACACGCUUCCUGUGGUUCUCCGCCAACGAUACCAAAUGCAUUCGUCAGUGAGAGUGACUCUUUGGAGGAGAAUGGGAUAACUUACAACUGCAGGCCUGGGUAUGUCAUACAGGGCAGUUCAGAUCUGCUUUGUACAGAGAAAGGGACGUGGAGCCAGCCUUAUCCGGUCUGUGCGCCCGUGUCCUGCGGACCCCCACCACCUGUCUCCAAUGCAGUGGCAACCGGAGAGGCACACACCUAUGAAAGUCAAGUGAAACUCAGGUGUCUGGAAGGCUAUGUGAUGGAUACAGAUACGGAUACAUUCACCUGUCAGAAAGAUGGCCGUUGGUUCCCUGAGACAAUCUCCUGCAGUCCCAAAAAAUGUCCUCUACCAGCAAACGUAACACGUAUCCUUGUUCAUGGGGAUGAUUUCAGUAUGAAUAAACAAGUUUCUGUGUCAUGUGCAGAAGGGUAUACCUAUGAGGGAGUUAACAUAUCAACGUGUCAGCUUGAUGGUACCUGGGAGCCACCAUUGUCUGAUGAAUCCUGCAGUCCAGUUUCUUGUGGGAAACCUGAAAGUCCGGAACAUGGAUUUGUGUCUGGCACUGAAUACAGCUUUGAAAGCACGAUUGUUUAUCACUGUGAACCUGGCUAUGAAUUAGAGGGGAAUGGGGAACGGGUCUGUCAGGAGAACGCACAAUGGAGUGGAGGGAUGGCAACGUGCAAAAAGACCAGAUGUGAAGCUCCACUUGGGUUUCAGAACGGGGAAGCUGAAGUUGAAAAUGUUACCACAGGAGUCCGCGUGAUGUAUUCCUGCAACAGAGGCUACAGCCUUGAAGGGGCGCCCGAGGCAUCCUGCACGGAAAAUGGGACUUGGAGCCACCCGGUUCCUCUCUGCAAACCAAACCCGUGCCCGGUGCCGUUUGUGAUCCCGGAGAACGCUCUGCUUUCUGAAAAGGAGUUUUAUGUUGAUCAGAACGUGUCUAUCAAGUGUAGAGAAGGCUACCUGCUCCAGGGCCAGAACACCAUCACCUGCAACCCUGACGAGACAUGGACACAGACAAGUGCCAGAUGUGAAAAAAUCUCAUGUGGUCCACCAACUCACGUAGAAAAUGCGAUUGCCCGAGGCGUGCAUUAUCAGUACGGGGACAUGAUCACCUACUCGUGUUACAGUGGGUACAUGCUGGAGGGUUCUCUAAGGAGUGUUUGCCUAGAGAAUGGAACCUGGACAUCACCUCCUAUUUGCAGAGCUGUCUGUCGAUUCCCAUGUCAGAAUGGAGGUAUCUGCCAACGCCCAAAUGCUUGUUCCUGUCCAGACGGCUGGAUGGGGCGCCUCUGUGAAGAACCAAUCUGCAUUCUUCCCUGUCUGAACGGUGGUCGCUGUGUGGCCCCUUAUCAGUGUGACUGCCUGCCUGGCUGGACAGGGUCCCGCUGUCACACAGCUGUUUGCCAGUCUCCCUGCUUAAAUGGUGGAAAAUGCGUCAGACCAAACCGAUGCCACUGUCUCUCGGCUUGGACAGGACAUGACUGUUCCAGGAAAAGGAGGACUGGGUUUUAGCCACCGCACAACCAGCCAGCUCUCCUAAAAGCAGGAUCAUCUCUUCCCGGUCGUCCUGGACAUCCUGGAACUUACGCAAAGAAAUUCCAACACGGUGCUGGGUCUUGUUCUGUUUUCGUCAACUUGUUCGCUUUGGGUUUCCCUUUUGAUCUUGUGUUAUCUUUUGUUAUUUCUUGUGACAGCCUUUCUGACAUGUUUCCAUUUUUAAAUAUGCCUGUAUUUUCUAUACAAAAAUAUAUUCAAUAGAUGCUGCUCCACUCUCACAAAUGUACAUACUCUGCUGUCUAUUGAAAAAGUUCCUGGUACACAUUUUUAUUCAGUUACUUAAAAUGAUUUUUCAAUUAAAAUAUAUUUUGCUACUAAAUAAAAAAAAAUUUUUUUUUUGUUUAUUGGAUAGUGCCAUUUUGUGAGGUGGCCAGGGAAUAACAAAGAGGUUUGAUGAUCUAUUUUUGCUUUUUUUUUUUUUUUUGGCAUAGUUGACAGGAUUCAUGAUGAUCUUUAACCUUUGUUACUGGCACCACAAUACAGGACCAUAUGUAGCGUACAAAGAAAUUACAGUAGAGGAGACCCCAUCCUUCGAGCUCCAUCUUCUUUACAGUAUGUGUCACAAUAAAGAUUCCCUUUUGUUUAAUCAGAAAGUAACUAUUGCACAUACUACCCUCCAUACAAAAUGCUGUCUGUCCUGGUGCUGAGGGCAGCCUGGCUAAUUCCUUCCCCAGCAUUUGGAAGGCUACAGGCAUCGACUUAGUGGAUCAGAGGGGAAGAGCAUAGUGACCAUGGUUCACCAAAUAAAAUGCUCCUCUUCCUUCUCACAGCUGGAAUAAGAAAUUCAAGAACUGGAAGAUUAAUAGAGAGCUUAUUUCUGGGUCAUAAUCCCACUACUCACAGCUUUGGGAUAAAGGAGAUAGGAAUAGGAAGACAGGGAAAGGGAAGGAGAAAGACAGAUGGGAGAAGCUCCCAGACCUGUGCUCCUGGCUCCACCUGCAAGAAAAGAAUUGAAUUUGCACAAGGCAGAGCUGAGCUGCCCCUUGGUCCCACGGCUUCACCGUUAACUCCAUCACUAUCCUUCUCCCGGGAUAAAGACUUCCCCAGACUUCUGAGGGAAGAAAGCCAAAAUACUCGAUUUUGUUUAAAAUGGGAAAAUCACAGUCAACAGUGGUAAUGUAAUUCCAAUCAUACUUGACAUAUUGGAUUUUUGUUCUUGGAACAUGACCAAAUUAUUUAUCCUAAUGUUCAUUAAGGAGAAAAAAAGGAAAGUAAACUAUUUUAAAGAAAAAUAAUGAAAAGGACUGUCUUUACUGAAAAUCAAAACAUAAUAAAAAGCUGCACUAAUUAAAAUAGUGAUGCUAGAUCAAGAAUUGCAAAAGCAUCAGUGUGAAAGUCUACACCUAUCAAUUUAAAUAUUCUAUUUAAAAACUCAUAAAACAUCAAGAAAACAUCAACAGUGGAAUUUUUGUUGUAAAAAUACUAGAAAAUGAGAAAUAUUGAGUGACUGAUGUUAGACAAUUGGUCAAAAUUUUUUAAAUCUUUUAGUUUAUAUUCUCACCACAUAAAAAGAAACUCAAGGUGGAUUAGGUUGGUGAACAUUGAUAUUAAAACCAUAAAAAUGGGUUUUAGAAUUAAUUUUUCUCAAAUAUUUGAAUGCUUAAAAGAACCUUCUAAACUUGGAAGUUACAGAAAAAUCACAGUAGGAAUGAUAAACAUUUAAUACCAUAAAUAAAUAGAAAGUUUGGGCUGUCAUUCAGAAGUUCAUAAUCAGAAUGGAAAGAUGUAUUUUUAUGACAGACCAAGUAAUAAUGUUUUAUUGAAAUUUUUUUUGAAGUACAGUUAGUUUACAAUGUUAUAUCAAUUUUUGUUGCACAGCAUAAUGUUUCAGUCAUACAUAUACAUACAGAUAUUCCUUUUCAUAUUCUUUUUCAUUAUAGGUUACUACAGGAUAUUGAGUAUAGCUCCCUGUGCUCUACAGUAUAAACGUGUUGUUUAUCUACUUUAUAUUUAGUAGUUAGUAUCUGCACAUCUUGAACUCAUGAUUUACCCCUUCCGACCCCCUUUUCCCAUAAGUUUGUUUUCUAGGUCUGUGAGUCUGUUUCUGUUUUGUAAAUAAGUUCAUUUAUGUCUUUUUUUUUUCCGAUUCCACGUAUAAAUGAUAUCAUAUGAUAUGUUUCUUUCUCUUUCUGACUUACUUAGAAUGACAAUCUCCAGGUCCAUCCAUGUUGCUGCAAAUGGCAUUAUUUUAUUCUGUUUUAUGGCCGAGUAGUAUUCCAUUGUAUAAAUAUACCACAUCUUUAUCCAGUCAUCUGUCAUGAACAUUUAGGUUGUUUCCAUGUCUUGGCUAUUAUAAAUAGUGCUGCUGUGAACAUUGGGGUGCAUGUAUCUUUUCAAAUUAGAGUUCCCUCCAGAUAUAUUCCCAGGAAUGGGGUUGCUGGAUCAUAUAGUAAGUCUAUUUUCAAUUUUUUAAGGAAUCACGAUACUGUUUUCCAUAAUGGCUGCACCAAACUACAUUCUCACCAGCAGUGUAGGAGGGUUCCCUUUUCUCCACAGCCUCCCCAACAUUUACUGUUUAUGGACUUUUUAAUGAUGGUCAUUCUGACUGAUGUGAGGUGGUACCUUAUUGUAGUUUCGAUUUGCAUUUCUCUGAUAAUAAGCAAUAUUGAACAUUUUUUCAUGUGCCUAUUGGCCAUUUGUAUGUCUUCAUGUAAUGUCUUUAUUAUAUAAAUUGGAAAAAAUGUAUGGAACUCGAGAACACAGACAACUCACCAAAGAAAUGCUAUAUAUUCAUAUGUGUGUGAGAAAACGUUCAACCUUACAAAUUUGGUAUCCAAAUUCAAACAACAGUGAGAAACCAUUUUGUUUAUCAGACCAGCAGUGACUUAUUUUCAAUGUUAAUAAACAAUGCGGGCAAAUAUGGGAUUAAAAGAAGAAAUUUUAUAUAUUGUCAGUGAGAUGGUAAAUUGGUACAAUAAUUCCAGAAAGCACUUCAACCAUGUAUCCUUACAAGUGUAUUUAUAUGCUUUGAGCUAAUACAGCACAAGUUUCAGGUGUUAACAAAGCUCAUCGCAGCAUUAUUACAAUUGUGGACAUGGAUGAAAGGCCCCAAAAUAAGGAACUCUAACUUAUGAUAGAUACCUUAAGCACAUUUCUGAAUCAUGUGUCACACAGCCUUCAAAGAUAAUGCAAUAACAUGGAAAAUGCAUGUAGUGUAAGGUUAAGUAAGGGGGAAAGUAGAUAUAAAAUUUCCCAUACAUAUAUGGUUAAAAACCUACAAAAAAUAAUGCAUAAUGAAGAUAAGAAAGAGAAAUGCCCAAGGUCAGAGAAUUAUAAGUAUUGGGAUCUGAAUUAAAAUUCAGAUAUGCUGGUCCCAAACAUUUG